AUGAUUCGCGUCGUUGAUUGGCGGAUUGCCGCUGAACUCAUCCGGAUACUGCGUUUUGAGUGGCAUCGUCACGCCACCAACUUUGGUCCGAGUGCUUCCGCUGGCUUCAUGGUCACGUCGCCCCCGCGCCCGCUCGGCGUCUCGCUGCGCUACUUCCACCACCUCAUCGACACUUGCGGCGGCCGGAAUAAUCUCCACGGUCGCACCACCGCCCAGGUCUGCUUCGACCACAUCGUGCCACUGACCAAGUCCACCGAGCUCUCGCUCGUCGACCAUCUCACGACCGACGUCUCGACGCGCCAUUUUGUGUCGGAGGCCAAUUGGUACGUCUCCCAUGCGUGGAGCUACCUCUUCUUGGAGACCGUCGACAGCCUCGAGACCUUCUUCGCCGACCAAGGCAUGACCGACGAAGCGGUCAUUUGGUUUUGUGUCUUCAACAACAACCAGCACCUCGCGCACUCGUACCCGUUCGAGUACUGGUCGACGACGUUCAAGUCGCAGCUCGCUGCGAUCGGCAAUGUCGUCAUGAUCAUGCACCCAUGGAACGACCCGAUCGUCUUGCGUCGAAGCUGGUGCGUCUUUGAGGUGUACGUCGCUGUGACGAUGCAGGCACGGUUCGAAAUGGCGAUGGCCCCCGGUCAACUAGACCUUCUCAUCCAAGAUAUGCUUCGCCCAACGGCGCUCAAGGAUAUGCUGGGGACGAUCAAGAGCGAGGCGUCCGAGACAACCGUGGCAAGCGACCGCGACGGCAUCUUUGAGCUCAUCCGCACCGAGACGUCGUUUAGAGCCGUCGAUCGACUUGUCUUUUCAACGAUCACCGACUGGAUGAAGCGGGCACUGAUGGCGCAGAUCGCGUCUUCCCGUCUCUCGCCGAUGGAGAAAGCGCACCGGUACGUGUGUCUGGCCAACAUUUACGCAACCGAGUGGGCGUGGGCCGACGUCAUCACGGCGGCAACUGACGCUUGCACGCUCUUGGCGUCGCCGACGGACGGCAACCGUAUCAGCGCCAAGCUCCAUGUGGGCGUUGCGCGCGCAAAGCGAGGCGAUCCAGAGACGACGUGGCGACCGCUCUUUCAAGAGCUUUUGGCCAUGGACGGCCUCGAUCCAAUGACCGUUUGCAGCGUUCGCAACGCGUUCGCGGACGCCCUGCACAGCCUCAAGCGGGACGCUGAGAUUCGCGACCUCUGUCGCAAGACGUACGACCUUGCACAGGUGCACUUUGGCCCUGCGCACCAGGUGACGAUAUCCGCCAUGUCCAAGCUGGGCGGCGCCAGCUACGGCCUCGGCGACUUUGACGACGCUGCGGUCUGGUUUCGCCAGUGCGUGGACGCGCGGCUGGCGCUCCUCGGACCCGACCACGCCGACACGCUCAACUCGCGCGGCUUCUUGGCGACGAUCUACAACGUCCAAGGCAAGUUUCGCGCGUCCCGGGCUAUCUUUUCCGAGAACCUCGCGGCCUUGGAGCGUACGCAUGGCGCGCUGCAUGCACACACGAUCAUUGCGCUUGGCAACAUGGCGCACGAUGACGUCGCCCUCGGUCGCUGGAAGCGGGCCCAAGCUACCCUGCUCGUCGCCGCCUCGCGGUCCCAGCGACAGCCACUGCCGCCAGCAUACGCCUUUUUCCUCUUGUAUGUCUCUGCGCUCCUCUACUGGUCGAGUGGCAGCUACGUCCGCACCAAGUACUACCUCGAGGCCGCGCUGGCCUUGUGUCAAGAAGCGUUGCCAGCUGGUGACCCGCUCACGACCAACGCGGUGACACUGCUCUACCGGUUCCUUUUGGACCCGACAUUUGGAGCCUAUAACCCAAGAGACGAGAAGGCAUGGACACGCGUCGUCGCCUUCUUCAAUGACAACGAGCUCGCGUCCGAAGCGUGGCCAGAAGAGGUCUGCCGAGCGUGUUGCCGACAGCUAACCGGUCGCAUCUACGAGUGUGCUGCUUGUGUCCCGGACCUCUUUCGGUAUUGCUCCAACUGCUUUGCCUACGCCAAGUUCCUAGCGUUCUGCGACCAUGACACUGACGUCUUUCUCAGCCACGUGCCGCCGCGCCGGUACCUUAUGGAGCAAGAUAUGCUGCAGAGUACAUCGGUGGCGGCGGCGACGAUGCUCUGGCCAGCAUACGCCGCCUACUGCGCCAAGAACAGCGUACCGGAUGACGAGCAAGCACGCUUUGCGAGCUUCGAGCCCAUCGACACGCGGCCAUGGCACCCGAUGCUCUAG